UGAACCGGAACCUAAACCAAAAACACACACAGCAAAUCGGAAAAUGAAUGUCAGAUUCAAACUUGCUUGAUUGACGAUUCGAAAUUGUUCAUCGAAAAGUUUCCAGAAGAUUCGAAAUCGAAGAAGAAGAUAUCGUAUUGGAAGGAGUGAGAAGAAGAAGAAGAUGUCUGUGCAAGAGUACUUAGACAAACACAUGCUCUCUCGGAAAAUCGAAGACGCCGUUAAUGCCGCCGUUAGGGCUAAAACCUCAGAUCCCGUUCUCUUCAUCGCUAAUCAUAUGAAGAAAGCUGUAUCAUCUGUGAUAACGAAGGUGAAGGCAAGGCAGAUCCUUGAUAGCAGAGGAAUCCCAACAGUUGAAGUUGAUCUCCACACUAACAAAGGCGUCUUUCGUGCUUCUGUUCCCAGUGGUGAUUCUUCUGGAACAUAUGAAGCUAUAGAACUACGUGAUGGGGACAAAGGAAUGUAUCUUGGAAACAGUGUGGCUAAAGCUGUUAAGAACAUUAAUGACAAGAUUUCAGAGGCAUUGAUUGGUAUGGACCCGAAACUUCAAGGUCAAAUCGACCAGGCCAUGAUUGAUUUAGACAAAACUGAAAAGAAGAAUGAACUAGGGGCUAAUGCUAUACUAGCUGUUUCAAUUGCUGCAUGCAAGGCUGGAGCUGCUGAGAAAGAAGUCCCUCUGUGCAAGCACCUUUCUGAUCUUAGUGGCAGAGCAAACAUGGUGUUACCUGUACCUGCCUUCACUGUUUUGAGUGGCGGGAAGCAUGCAUCGAAUACUUUUGCCAUUCAGGAAAUUAUGAUUCUCCCAAUUGGAGCAAGUAGAUUUGAGGAGGCCCUGCAAUGGGGAUCUGAGACGUAUCAUCAUUUGAAGUUUCCAGAAGAUUCGAAAUCGAAGAAGAAGAUAUCGUAUUGGAAGGAGUGA